AUGACUCUUGUUCAGCUAUAUAUCCCUUCAGAGAUCAGUCGUGAGACUGUGUACUCGCUCGGUGAAUCCGGUUCUAUACAGUUUAGAGAUUUGAACUCCAAGGUGAAUGCCUUCCAGAGAUCCUUUGUGAAGGAGAUUAGACGUCUCGACAACGUGCAGAGACAGUACCGGUACUUUAAACAGGAGUUGGAGAUCCGUGGAAUUGAGUUGAAUCCGCCGCCUUUUGACGACGAUGACAGCGUCACUCGCUUUGCUGCCCCUGUAAAGCCAGGUGACAUUGACGAUAAGGUUGAGAGCGCACAAAUCUUGGAGCAGAGAUUGUCACAACUCGUGGAUUCCAACGAGUCGUUGGAAUUGAAGAAGAAGCAAUUACAACAGUUCAGAUACGUUUUGAGAGGAGCAGAUGAGUUCUUUAAGAGUGCAGCUUCAAACCCUGAUUUGGUUGAUACGACCCCAGAUGCUGAGGCUUCUCGUUUUUCAGAGCGUUUGAAUGUCAGUUAUGUCGCUGGUGUCAUUCCAAGGGAAAAGAGAAGCGUGUUGGAGAAAAUAUUGUGGAGAGCAUUGAGAGGUAACUUGUACAUGCAGACAACAGAAAUUUCUGAACCUAUCUAUGAUCCAAAAUCCAAGUCCUCCACAGAUAAGGAUAUCUUCAUUGUGUUUUCUCAUGGAUCUGAAAUCAUUUCCAGAAUUAAGAAAAUCGCUCAAUCUUUGGAUGCUGACAUCUACGACGUUGACCAAGACGAGGACUUGAGAGAAGAGCAACUUAAGGACGUCAAUAUCCAAUUGGCUGACCUUGUCACUGUGUUGGAUAGCACAACAAGAACUUUGGAAACUGAGCUCAUCGCCAUUGCACAGGAGUUGACUGUUUGGGCCCAGACAAUUGCGAAAGAAAAGUCGGUGUAUGAAAUUUUGAACUUUUUUGACUAUGACUCAAACAGAAAGACACUUAUAGCGGAGGGUUGGAUUCCAACAUCAGAAUUGGCCUCUGUUCAAGACAUACUCCAAAACAACAGUACGGGUCUUCAAUCAGUCAUCAAUGUGAUGCAAACGACGAAAACUCCACCAACUUAUCACAAAACAAACAAAUUCACUGCUGCAUUCCAAGGUAUUUGUGAUGCUUAUGGUAUCGCAGAAUACAAAGAAGUUAACCCUGGUUUACCAACCAUCGUUACAUUUCCAUUCAUGUUUGCCAUCAUGUUUGGUGACUUGGGUCAUGGUUUCAUCCUUACCCUCGUGUCGUUGAUGCUUGUCAUCCACGAAAAGAAGAUUGCCAGAAUUCAGAGAGAUGAAAUUUUCGAUAUGGCAUACUCUGGUAGAUACAUCUUGCUUUUGAUGGGUAUUUUCUCCAUGUUUACAGGUUUCCUCUACAAUGAUCUCUUUUCUCAAUCAAUGACCAUUUUCAAAUCAGGCUGGGAAUGGCCAGAACACCAAAUUGGUGAGACGAUAUAUGCUAAGAAGGUGGGUGUCUAUGCCAUCGGUUUGGAUCCAGCUUGGCAUGGAACUGAAAACGCUUUGUUGUUCACAAAUUCUUAUAAGAUGAAGCUUUCCAUCUUGAUGGGUUUUAUCCAUAUGAGUUACUCUUACAUUUUCUCCCUGGUGAACCACAUCCACUUCAAAUCCGUCAUUGACAUUGUUGGUAACUUCAUUCCUGGUUUACUCUUUAUGCAAUCCAUCUUUGGCUACUUGUCCAUCUGUAUCGUAUACAAGUGGUCUGUUGACUGGGCUGCCGUUGGUAAACCAGCUCCUGGGUUGCUUAAUAUGUUGAUUUCAAUGUUUUUGUCGCCAGGAACUGUGGAUGAGUAUUUGUACCCUGGUCAAGAAAAGGUGCAAGUUGCCUUGCUUUUAAUUGCACUUGUGUGUGUGCCAUGGUUGUUGUUGUUGAAACCUAUGUACUUCAAGCGUAAAUUUGAUCGUGAAGCUGCAGAAUACCAAGCAAUUGCUGGUGAUGACAUUGUCAACGAAGCCGCAGCUGUGGAUGAUGACGAUGAAGAAGAAGAAGGACAUAACUUUGGUGAUAUUAUGAUCCAUCAAGUUAUCCAUACCAUUGAGUUUUGUUUGAACUCUGUUUCCCACACUGCAUCAUACCUCAGAUUGUGGGCCCUUUCAUUGGCACAUGCCCAACUAUCCACAGUCUUGUGGUCUAUGACAAUUGAAGGUGCAUUUGGCUCUACCGGUUUCGUUGGUGUCUUCUCGACCGUGUUUUUAUUUGCCAUGUGGCUUGUCUUGACGGUGGCUAUCUUGGUUGUCAUGGAAGGUACAUCUGCCAUGUUACACUCCUUGCGUCUUCACUGGGUUGAAUCCAUGUCCAAGUUCUUUGUUGGUGGUGGUAAGCUCUACGAGCCAUACAGUUUUAAGACAGUGAUUUUGAACGAUGAGUUUUAA